GGCUUCCGGCGGACCGGAAGUGAGCCGGGGACGCGGGAGACGCCGCAGGUGAGAUGAAGCCGGCGGUGGACGAGAUGUUUCCCGAGGGCGCCGGGCCCUACGUGGACCUGGACGAGGCUGGAGGCAGCACCGGGCUCCUGAUGGACUUGGCGGCCAACGAAAAGGCAGUUCAUGCCGACUUUUUCAACGAUUUUGAAGACCUCUUUGAUGAUGACGAUAUCCAGUGAGACGCCGUCCAGCAGUGGCUGCGGCCGCGUCCCGUAGCUGUGGAGGAGGACAGCCCCAGGUUGUCCCCAGGAACUGGUGGCCGGUACUUGAAAUCAGGAGAUGGCGAGCCAAGGAAGAGAAGGAUGGUUUUCACCAUCUGCGUGAGGCCCGCUCAUCUCUGAACGUGACCAACUCUUGUCUGUCAAUUAAAACAAAAGAGCUGCCGUCA